UCCCUUCUCUUUCUCCUCCUCCCUUUGGAUGGCUGCAGCCCCCUAGAGCUGAGUGGCUGGCUCUCUCCUCUUUUCCACAGCAUUGCAGCAGUCGAGCCUACAGCAAGUAGCUUCCCAUCUCUGCAGCCACCUGCGUCUUGGGGCCUCCGCAGCUUUUCUUUCAGCCCCAUAGCCUGGCAGAGCCUGAACGCCCAGCACCAUGGCUAGCACCGUAUCUGCAUACAAGGAAAAAAUGAAGGAGCUGUCUGUGCUUUCACUGAUCUGCUCCUGCUUUUAUACCCAACCCCAUCCAAACACCAUUUAUCAAUAUGGAGACAUGGAAGUAAAGCAACUGGACAAGAGAGCAUCUGGCCAGAGCUUUGAAGUGAUUUUAAAGUCACCUUCAGAUCUGUCCCCAGAAAGUCCUAUACUUUCUUCCCCACCCAAGAAGAAGGACAUUUCUCUGGAAGAACUGCAGAAAAGGUUGGAGGCUGCUGAGGAGAGAAGGAAGACUCAGGAGGCACAGGUACUCAAGCAGCUGGCAGAGAAGCGGGAACAUGAGAGAGAGGUUCUACACAAGGCCCUAGAGGAAAACAACAACUUCAGCCGUUUGGCAGAAGAAAAACUCAACUAUAAGAUGGAACUUAGCAAAGAGAUUCGGGAGGCUCAUCUGGCUGCCUUGAGGGAGCGGCUUAGGGAGAAGGAACUUCAUGCAGCUGAAGUCCGCAGGAACAAGGAGCAGCGGGAGGAGAUCUCUGGUUAAUGGGCUUUUCUAUGUGCUUACCACCUGGUUCCUGAUAUAAAACAACAACAAAAAAAUUUUUGUUUGUCUAGAUGCAACUUUGUUUCUUUACUUACCCUUCCCUUUCUCUUCUGCUUACUCCUAUGCUGAUUUCCCUAGUUUAUGCUUCUCUCUUAGGAUCCUUAUCUAUCCAGUCCUUGUGGAGGGCCUUGCUGGCCUUGGAGAACUCUAAACAGAGUAGCCACUAGUCAUAUAAAUAUAAUUAAUCACAUUAAUCACCUGAUAAUUCAAUUUACUUGGUUCCUGAAAUCUUUCUUAAACUAAUGUAAAAGAUGGAGACAUUAAUAAAUUCAACCAACAGUGGCAUGGACAUGUGGAUUUCUUAUCCAAAGUUUGUUCAUGGUACUUUUUUUUUUUUUUUUUUUUCCAUUUAAGGGGAUUUAUUCUGAACCAGCUUUCAGUGUCAAGGGGAAAAGGAGUCAAAAGUAAUCAUUUCUUCACUGAUGGUAAACAAGGGGAGGAAGAACAAUGAAUGUAUCCAGUUAUCUUCAGGAUUAGAGAAGAAAGGAAAUUGAAUGGGAGAGUUAAUAUUAUGUUUCUUUUUGGGUUACUGUUUCUAGCACUGAUGAGGCCCAAGGUUCCAAAAGAUAAACCUGAGAACUGUUAGUGGACUUGCUCAGAUGGUCUAUGUCAUAGCUUUAUUCCCAGAAAACAAAUAUAAGGGGUUGAAUAUAUGAAUGCCAAAUAUUAACUCAGCUGUUUUUUUCAUUAUUAAUCAUAAUAUCAGUGCUUAGAGAGGAUGAGAGACUAAAGAUCUACAUUCUAUGGAGAUGGGAAGUCUGAGGCUAUUUGAACAGUUCUAAUCAGGAACAUGGACAUGCUGUUACCUAGAGCAGAAAUUUUCAAAAAGCAUUAGGAUGAGUAUUAUAAUCUAAUCUAAAGCAUUGAAAAUCCAGAACUUUGCAUAAGGGAUAUCAACUUGUCAGACAUUCUAUGAAGUAUUUAGUACUAACAGAGUUGAGUUCAUUAGAAGCUCUGCUUUAUCCAUCUAUAAAAACAUGUAAAGUUCAUAGUUUAUUUUUUUCAAAGGACUCAAAAACUGGAAGAGAAAGAACAAUAGGUAGACUCACUUCUGCUGCAUGGUAGGUGGAAGACCAGGUUUUCUUUAACUGUGGAGGAGGCUACCAGUGUGGACACAUCUUCUGAUGUGAAUGGUUUGGGGUGUCUACUUGUUCUAUGAAAGCAACAGCCUAGGUGGACACAAAUUCCAAAUCCAGAUUAUAAAAAGGAAUAGGUUGAAUAUUAGAACUCAAAAUAAAAGGCAACUGCUAGGUAUGACCUAGACCUUUUCAUCUUUUUAAAAUAGCCAAACUAUAGUUUCUUUGGUGGCCAUUAGUAGAUUUGUGACUUUGAGCUUAGCAGUUCAUCUGUAAUUUAUUGAGAAUUGCCUUAAACUACUAAGACAUAGAGUGACUUCCCCUGGGAACACAGCUUGUCUGUCAUGAGAUUGAACUCAGAACUUCCAGACUCUAAGGCUGUUCCUCUAUCUGUUAGGACCUACCAUUUUAUGCUUGGAGGACAUUGAAGAUUUUAAUUCUUUUCUUUAUUUUUUAAAACUUGUGAAAAGAUUGUUUGCUUUUAACUUCUAACAGCCUUUAAAUUUUUUUAUUUACUUCUUUUUGGCAGUCCACGAGUGUAAUUAAGAUAAUCGGCUGAGGAUUCUUUUCUUUCAUAGGACAUAGGUAGCAGCAAAUGGUGACAUCAUAGGCUCAUGAUCUAUCCCUGUGAGUUGGAGUUGGCUGAGAUUUUAGUGGUCACUUAAUCUAACGCCCUCAUUUUAAAGAUAAGGAAACUGAGGUCCACAGAUAACUUGUUCAAGGUUACACAGGCAGUAGUAUAAAGUUAGUAGAUUCAAUUAUCUGGUGAUUUAAGUGUUGGGAGAGGGUAAAAAGGGCUGAAAUCCGUAGCUGAAUCUCACCCAAACAUUGCUUAUCAUAUUUUCCAUUUUAUUAAUGGGAAAAAUAAAAAUCCCAAACCUCUCUGGCAGUUCCAGUGGGGUCUUUCUUUUUAGUUUAUGAAAGAGAGCAUUCAAUAUCAAAUUACCAUGCUGACCAUCUUUAAUAUUGCAAUUUCUUUCUCUUAAAAUUUUGGGACCAUCUUUCAGCCUUAUCUGGGAACUCAGAAUAAACUUUCCUUUUCAAAAAUUUGCUCAAUCUUAGUAGGGAAAAUUGGAUUGAUUCCUUUUGCCUCCUCAGUCACAUUCAUGAGUAAAAGCCAAAGCAGGUAAACAUCCAGUUAUCUUACCUUGGCCAACAUAGUGCUUUUACACAAAGUUGUUACUCUAGUACUCACACAAAAGUUUAACAAGUGUCUGAGUCCUUUUGGCUAACUGUAUCUGGUGCCAAUUUGCUCCCAAUCCUCUAUGUAAAAACAAACUACUUUUAAUUUCCAUUAUGCUGGGAGCAAUGUUGAGGAAGUGAAAUUGUUAUUUUGUGUUCAUUCAUAUCCCAUUUCAAAAUGUGAUGAUUUAAAUCUGUGUGUAAGGAUCCUACUCCUUCUACAUCAAAGAGACUGAGUCCCCAUAGCUGAAUAAGUUUAGCCGUUAUUUCUCCUAAAGUUGCAGAAGACUCUUUGAUAAGACUGUCCCCAGAGGAAGCUGGAGGCCAUAUUUAGGAUUUGGCAAUUGCUAAAAGCUAAAGUUGCUUAGGGCAAGGAAAAAGAUGAAACUGAAGGUUGAAUUUCUUAAUAGUCAUCAGUUUCUAGCAGGUAGCAAUUCUUGUAGCAGAAACUUACUAUAAUUCAGAUUCAUCUUAUUCAUAUCAUAAGGUAAAUUUUAAAAGUUAAGAAUUACUUAAAUUAAUAGUAAUAUUAAAAUUUCUGUGUGUGCUAGAGUGUAAUGGUUGAAAUGGUCCAAAUGUUGGGGUCUUAUAUCUAUGGGAUAUAGGAAACUGUCUGCAAUUUAUCAACUCUGUCCUGCUCUGUAAUUGUUUGCUUGGGACAUAAUUUUAAACUAAAACUUGUAAAUACUUUUUAUUAGUGAGAAUCCUAAGAAAUGUUGUACUCAUGAGUUUGGAUACAAUUCAGGAAAACCAUUUCCCCUUUUGACCAGAGGAGAGGGGAUUGGUUAGGAAAUAGGACAGCCUCGGGGUAUAGAAGCUACUCUUAAAGGGGUAAAAAGAGCCUUCUGAGUAAAUUUGGAUUUGCUAAGAAUGUUCGUCAGUGCCUCCUACUCAGAGGAUUUAGUCUAACUAUCAAUUUCCUGAGAGUAACCUAUGAUAAUCUCAUGAGUUUUCCUUGGGAGUCCUAUUAAGGACUAAGGCACAUGUAAUUUAGAAGAAAAAGAAAUGGUUAAGAUAGAACAAUCAAGACCAAUCCUCCAUAUUUCUGUUAAUAGAAGACUGCAUAGUCCUUAUCUUAAUCCUUGGAUGCUACACAGCACUCUUCAACCACCUCAUCAUUUGGCUGAGAGGAUAUGAUCCAGCAUUAGGGAAGUUCAAUGCAAUUCCCCAAGGACUCUUUUUUUUUUUCUUGGUGGCUUUGCCUAUUGCUUUGCUCUCUUGCUAACUUGCUCUUAUAGUCUAUGCCAGUUAUUUGGUUAGCUUCUGUCAAGUCUGGGCAGUUUAGGACAAGAUUCCUAUCUCUUCAUCUUAUUCUAUACUCUAACUCUCCUCAUCUCUUACAACUUCAUUAAGAAACAACAAGUCUUAUUAUGGACAUUUCUUCUUUUUGCACGGAACCCCUGAUAUUGCCUAGAUUAUAAUAAAGAGGCAGAUAAUAUCCCUUGGUCAUGAAGAAUUUAGUAGAAAUUGUUAAUUAUCUUUAGUGCUGGAAAUUAUUUCUGACCUCCCAAGCACAAAAGUGUGCUACUGCUAGCUAUAUAAGACCAACCUUGAUGAGGGUUAUACCUUCAAUCAUAUCUGCAAGUCAUUUUUGAGCUUAUCCAGAUCCUGAAUCCCCAUCCUUAGAGAAGGCAAAAUGCCUAUCCUCCUAUAUGUGACUAGAAAACCUCAACCAACCCCUCUUUCUCUUGCUACUAGCUCAAUGGGUAUUCUUUAAAGCCAGAAGAGAAGUCUUAAAUUGUAUGACACAAAUAGCAAUUCCCCAUAAGUAGAUAGAAAAUAAAAACUGCUUCAUUUGGCUACUUUGUAUCAUAGCUUUCCAUGGCUUUAUGGUAGGAAAAUAAGAAGGGAGAUUAAAAAACAAACAACUAUCAUUGGAAACCCUGGACAAGUAAAAAUGUCAGAAAAGAGGCUGGAAUUUGGUAAAAAGGAUUGAGGAAAAAAAAAAGCCAACCCAAUACCAUAUUCUCUGUGCAGAAUUGUCAGAUGAGAUUAGCUAUUCUGGGGAGGGAGGGAGGGAGGGAAUGUUGAAUAUGUGUGGGUGUGAGUUGACAUGGAUCUGUGAUCUUGGGACAUUUGCAAUUAUAGCUCAUUUACUCUUUAAAUUUUUAGUUAUUUCCCCCCCAACCCUACCUGUCAAAUCAGGGUAGUCCUGUUAUAAUCAUACCAUAUAAAAGUUGUAGUCAUGGGGUAGGAGGGAAGUUGGUUUUGUUGUAAACAAUUUUUGUGGUAGAAAUAUAAAUAGAAAUACUGAUUGCUGACUGUCAGUGUAAGUAGUUGUUUACAAAUUAAUACACACUUCAUACAAAGACUAUUAAGAUUCCAUUUAAAAACCGAAAUUUUAAUGUUUCAUUUGGUCACUGGGCCAAAGCGAUUUCUAACGAUGAUCUUAUAUUGCAUAAUUCACCUUUGUCUGCUGUACUCAACAUUUUAUUGAUCCUGCAAACAUACAUCUGUAAUGUGUAUGCAUCCACUAUGAAGUACAGAGAUGUAUUGUCUAUGUAAUAUGUAUUCACUGACACUUUCAUCCCCACAUGGUCAGGGAAAGGCUGGUUAUGGUGCUAUAGUGAUUUAGUUCCUAACCAUGCUAGGGGAUAAAGUUAUAUUUUAGGACUAAUAUUGCAUCUGUUAGGU